AUGGCGAUACAGAUGGACGUCUCCGCAGAGCGGUUGACGCCAACCACCCAGCCAAAGAGAAAGCAGUCCAAGCUCCAGCUUUGGUUGAGCGAGAAGAUCCAUUGGUACUGCCGUGGCGUGAUUGCGCACCCCCGCUUGGGAACUGCCGCUCUUCUCCUCGUUGCCCUCGUUCUCUCUGGAAUUGCAUUUGCUGCCUUCCCCUUUGACAUCGACACGACCACAACGACAUUUAUCCCCCGAACAUCCCGCAUUGGGAGGCUAGAGGAGACGCGCGUCCUCGCCGAGGAAAUCACCCGCUUCAACCCAUUCCGUGCACCUUCAAACACGUCGUCUGUCACAGUACCACAGCAAACUGAUGUGCAGUAUAGCAUUCAGCUGUUGUUCUCCGUUGCAGAUGACGACAACAUCUUCACUCGCGACCGCAUCAUCGCCAUGCGCAACAUGGAAUUGGCCAUUCGAGGCGUGCAAGGCAACCCAGACUUCACAGACGUCUGCGCACGUGCCAGGGACAGCAAUGAAUGCUCGCAGCCGCAGUCUGUGACCCGGUUCUUCUUUGCAUCGGAAAUUGAUGGCUGUCCAAAUGUGUACCGCCCAGAUGGAAACAACACAGACAUCCCGUUUGCGUCCGUCGACGACGUGUUGCUGGCUCUCAUCACGCCACGCAACGUGAGCACAGACGCAUCCUUACCGGCCUUCUGCUACCCCACAGCGGGUGACUGCUACGCAAACUGUUUCGACCCGUCACCGUCAGCGAUCGACUUUGCUGUCGCUGACACGUUUGGUUUCCCAGACAACAACGCCUCUCUCACCCCAGACCUCACAUCACACGUCUCGACGUCGCUGACAUUCUUCGGCCUUCCAUUGGCCGGAUUCGAAAGCCCGGACGACAGAUUUGAGGAGCAGAUUUCCGUCGUUGAAUCGUUUGUCAAGCGCGUGCCACCAGCACUCCGCCCCUUCAAGAAAGCGGAGGGCAUCACCACCACCAUCCUCAGUGAUAUUCUGAUUGAAGAGUACUUCUGGAAUUUGGUCAUCACGGACACGGCACUCGUCUCCAUCAGCAUUGUCGUCGUCUAUCUCUACAUGGCCUUUCACGUCAACUCAUUCUUCAUUUCCGGCAUGGGUAUGCUGCACGUGCUCCUGAGCUUUCCCAUCGCGUAUCUCUUCACGCAAGCGGCCAUGGACUUUGGCGCCAUGGGGCUUCUCAACCUCAUGUCUCUCUUCAUCAUCUUGGGUAUUGGCGCUGAUGACAUCUUCAUCUUUGUCGACACGUGGCGGCAGAGUGAGCUGGAAGUGCCCGGCCCAGACGGGCGCCUGCGUCGCAACGCCCCCAGUCGAGAUGCGGAGAUAACAGAGGACAAUCUCCAGUGGCUCACGGAGCGACUCGUGUGGACAUACACGCGGUCAUCCGAGGCGAUGCUGAUUACGUCGCUCACCACGGGCGCCGCCUUUGUCAUGAAUCUCUCCUCAUCCGUCCCGGCCAUCCAGAUCUUUGGCGCCUUUACCGGACUCAUGAUUCUCUUCAACUUCAUUCUGGUCAUCACGUACUUCCCGUUUGUGGUGGUGACACAUCACUGCUUCAUUCGUCAUUUCCGCUACCCGUGGCUUCGGCGCUGCUCAAACAAAGACAAGAAGAAGCUUGAAGCAUCGUCGUCCUUCGGCGGAGAUCAAGCACAGGAAGUGACCAGCAACAAAGUUGUUGGCCAACACCACAACAUCAACGAGUAUCGUGCACUGGAGCGGUUCUUCUACAAGUCCUACGCCCCCUUCAUUCACAAGCGCCGGUGGCAUUUGGUCGCUGUGUUUGCCAUUUGGUUUGGCGUCAGCAUCUACUUUGCAUCCGAACUCAAGGCCGCAACCGAGCCAACACAAUGGUUGCCAAGCAGCGACAAGCUACAACAGGCCUUUGACAUGCUGAACAGCGAUUUUGCGCGGACUGACCUCGUUCCACAGAUUGUUGUCAUGUAUGGCCUUGAAGUCGUCGACCUGUCUGGUGUGAAUCCAUACAAUCCAAACGACCCUGCUCGCGUCGUGUUUGAUUCCGGCUUCGACCCAACUGCUCCCAACUUUCAGGAGACGUUCAUCUCCAUCUGCGAGCGAUUUAGGGAGGAGGGCGAGUUUGUGCUUGAGGAGGAGAUUCUGUGCCCGAUGGAGCUCUUCCGCGACUAUGUCACAAACGAGCUGGGAAUGGCCUUCCCAGUCCCGAGAGACGACUUUGUGCCCUUGCUGGCGAACUUCACGCGAUAUUACGAGGAUAACAACGGGCCCGCCCCCGAUGUGUCCGGCGACGUGGCAUCAUCUGAGCAGGACGCAGUCACCCGAGAGGAGCGCUCGCGAGAGCAGGUUGAGGUGUACCAGACCAUCCGCUUUCACCUCGACACGCAAGAACCUGAGCUGGCGUACAUGUUCAUCGUCGUCAACACCACGCUGAGCGUAUUCAGUGCUGGAAACGACAUUCGCCCAGCCUAUGAAUUUUGGGACCACAUGCUUGAUAUGGAAAACGCCCGCGCAGACAACAUCGAGGCAACGCUCGACGGUGCGCUGCAAACAGCCGACUUGUACGUCGAUCUUCAACUGGAGGACACUUUGUUACGCGCGGCAAUUGUUGGCAUCGCCGCCAGCCUCUCACUUGCGUUUGUGAUCAUCAUCGUCAUGACACGUGACAUCACCCUCUCCGUCAUGUCUAUCAUCUCCAUCGGGGGCGUCGUCGUGUCGUUGAUUGCACUUAUGGUGAUGCUGGGAUGGACGCUCGGCUUGAUUGAGAGCAUUUGCUUGACCAUCCUCGUCGGUCUCAGUGUGGACUACGUCAUCCAUCUGGCCAACGCGUAUCGCGAGAGCCACGAAGUGACACGGUUCAGCCGCGUGCGGGACGCGCUGGUGGUGAUGGGUAUCUCUGUCCUCUCAGCCAGCAUCACGACGUUCUUGUCUGGAUUUGUCCUCUUCUUCGGGUACAUCAUUUUCUUCUUCAAGUUUGGCGUGUUCAUCGCCCUCACCAUCUUCUUCGCGGCAAUUUGGGCGUUUGGGUUCUUCAUGAGCCUCGCAGCCAUCGCAGGCAACAAGGAGUAUGUCAACGACUUUACGCGUUUGUGGCGUGUGCUCACCGGAAAACAGCAAAAGUUGAAGCUUGCCGGAGUCAACACAAAUCCAGAAACGAAUGAGAUCGAGGCCAGCACGACAGAAACCAAACGCAAUCAAAGUUCCACGUCCCCUGCGGCAGGCAACCUCGCCCGCUUCUUCGAGCGACACAUGGAGCUGCAACAGCAGUUGCAGGACGCAGGCGUGCGCCAGGACAACGAGGACCUCUUCACCAUCGUCUGGAAGCAGCUGCCACGCUGGACAGCCCCGCUCACGCUUCCCUACUUUGCCAGUGGCCGCUUCCCCUCCCUCCUCGAGCUCAGCAUCAGGCUGCAGCAGCUGGAGCAGCAGAUGCGUGGUUCACGCACACAGCCGCAGGCAGGCGGCUUCAUGGCAAGCGCACCGCCACGCAGAGGUGGAAGACGCGGCUUCUCCAACAACAGCAACAACCACGGACGCCAGGGACGCAACAACGGCGGCGGUAACGGCAACAGCAACAGCAAGGGGCGCCGCUUCCGUGGCAACUGUCACUACUGUGGCAAGUAUGGACACCGUGCAGCAGAGUGUCGCAAGAAGCAACGCGACAACGGAGCAACAGGCUUCACUGCACAGGCACAGCAUCAACAUGGUCAAGACGCAGCAACCUUCGUCGCUGCCACAGCUACUACACCCACGCAGCUGCAUGACCCACUCACGUGGCUUGCAGACACGGGUGCUUCACACCACCUCACCUUCGUCAAGGACGCCUUCGUGGAGCUGACACCGCACCUGCAACAGCACCAUCCACGCCACAUCACUGCGUUUGGCGGCACACGUGUGCCCGUGCGCGGUGUUGGCUCUGUGCUGUUGCAUGCACGCACGACGAGCGGAGCUGCGAUGCAGAUUGUGCUACAGGAGUGCCUCUACGUGCCCGAGGGCCAGGCCAACCUCAUCGCCCUCGGUCGUCUGACCCGGGACAGCAGCGGCAGGCCAACGGGCCACUCGCAACGUGAUGGCGCUGAUGGGCACUACGUGCGCUUCAGCCACGGAGCCGAGGUCAAGCUGAAGGAGCGCAACAGCCUCCGGUGCUGGCCCAUUGUUGCUGUUGGUCCAUCCACGGCACACGGACUCACCACCGAUGCCUGCAAGCAACCACAGCAACCUGCAGCAGCUCCUGCAGCCCAGAGCAAGGCGCACACACCAUCGAUGCAUGAGGUGCUUGGCCACCGCAACGACAACGACGUGCAGCAGUACUGCAAGCUGAUGGGCAUCGACGAUCGCAACGCCAUCAGCAGCAAGCAGUCACCUGAAGCAGCACCAGCAGCCCCGCCGUACACCCAGGCGCAGAACGGCAUCGUCGAGCGACAGGUGCGCACCCUCUCCGACAUGGUGCGAGCCAUGAUCACGGGUGCAGGCCUUGACGCAUCGUGCUGGAGCCUCGCCUGCAACCACGCCCUGCACAUCCUCAACAACAUGCCUCGCCCUUCCCUCCACGGCAAGACACCGCUGCAGAUUGUCACGGGCUCGCUGCCCAAGCACGUGCCGCAGCUGCGCGUCUUCGGGCAGCCGGCCGUCGUCCACAUCAGCACACAGCGCGGACGCCUGCAGCCCAAGGGUCGUCGAGGCAUCUACGUCGGCUACAACAGCAGCAGCAACAGCCACCUCGUCUACUUCGCAGACACAAACACCGUUGUGUCCUCCAUCCACGUCCGCUUCCUUCCCUUCUCCAAGGCCGAUGAUGUCGUGGAUGAGGGGGAGGAGCAAGUGCAGACAUCCACGACAUCGUCCAUGCUCCAGCUUCCCAGUGCACGUGACAGCAGCAACAGCACCACUGACGGUGAGCCACCAACGGUUCACAUCGACGAGGAGCAGGACGAGGAUGUCGAGACAGACUUCCUGCUCACGGACUUUGACGCCGACAGCAGCAGCGACACCAACGACGCCAACUACGAUCCAGACACAACAGAUGCAAGCGACACCGAGGCAGGCGCGUUCACAGCAAGCAGCAGUGGCGACACCAGCCUCACGGAGCCUGCAAGCAUCAAGCAGGCACUCAAGAGCCAGCAACGCAAGCAGUGGACUCAGGCGUGCUUGGAGGAGAUCGGGGCGAUGGAGCGCAACGGCGUCAUCAAGCUCAUCCCACGCAGCGCCGUGCCACGGCAGCACACGCUGCUCAAGUCGCGCUUCGUCUUCAAGGUAAAGCGUGAUGCGGAAGGCACGCCGACGCGCUUCAAGGCACGCUGGGUCGCCAAGGGCUUCAGCCAGCGACCGGGCAUCGACUUCGACCAGACCUACGCUCCAACACCAGCAGCCAAGACCAUCCUCACUGUACUCGCCGUCUCCCUGCAACGACAGCACCAGCUGCACCAGCUCGACUUCAAGUCGGCUUACCUGCAGGCUGAUCUCAAGGAGGAGCUGUACAUGGAGCUGCCGCCGCACUUCACCGACAUCGGCGACGGCGCUCAACGCUACGCGGGCAAGGUGUGCCGGCUGCUCAAGCCGCUCUACGGCCUCAAGCAAGCUGGCCGUGCAUGGGCCAAGAAGCUGCACACCUUCCUCAAGACCAACGGAUGGGCGCAAAGCAAUGUCGACGCUUGCCUCUUCACCAAGCUCCACGACGACGGACAGCGCACAUGGAUCAUCACGUACGUCGACGACCUCAUCAUCAGCGGCAGCAGCGGCCGCCACAUCCAUGCCUGCAAGCAGCAGAUCAAGGAGAGCUUCGAGGCAGAGGACCUGGGCCCGCUCACCUGGUACCUGGGCCUUCACCUGACGUCACCAGCUGACGGGGUGUUGCACAUUGCGCAGACACAGGCCAUCAACGACAUCAUCAACGACUACAACCUGGCAGCGGCAGCCAGCGUGUCCACGCCCAUGCGUGUUGGCAUCGACGCCUCCAGCACCAGCGAGCAGCCCGACCGACGCUUGCCUUUCCGCAACCUCGUCGGCUCGCUCCUGUACCUGGCCAACCGCACGAGACCAGACGUCAGCUUCGCGUGCGGGCUGCUCUGCCGUUACAUGGACCGUUACACGACGUAA